UCGCGACAUUUUUGAACCCGUUUUCUACUACCAGUUUCACCUUCUAUAUUAGACUCUGUGAUUUACUCUUACAAUGAGAGGGCACAAAAUACUCGUAUAGAGGUGCACCAGGAAACCGUUUUAUUGUGUAAUUUGACCGUCUUAAUUAUUAUAGUUGUCCAUGGCAUUUAAACAGCUUACAUCUCAUAGUUGCAAGCUCGUACAGCCAUAUGUCCCUUUUGUUUUUAAGGAACUGAAUUUGGUAUUUACAAAAGGAUGGUUACCAUGUUUUGCAGUACCUUGUAUUUCAACUCGUAAAUUCAUGAGAGAUGUGAACACCGAUGCUAAAAGAAUUGAAAAAUUUGAUAAAAUGAACUUAGUUGCAUCAUUUAAUCAUACAUUAAUUUCUUCUGUCAAUAAGGAAUUCAUUGACCCAUUUAUGAUCAAUUUACCCAAGAAACUUUAUAUGCCUACGGAUGCUGUAAAUAAUCUAAAAGUAUAUGAAGAUAUCAAUAACGCUGAAAAAUCUAUUCAAGAACCUAUUUUAAAUAACAUAAAAAUCAUUGAUGCUCCUAUUCCAAACAAACAUCCUAGGAAAGAAGCUGUUCGGAUGCUUAUAAUUAGGAGGAGGAAAAUGAAAAAGCAUAAGCUUCAAAGGCUACGUAAGAGAAUGAAGAAUGUUUUUGAAAAAAUUAAAAUGAGAAGAGAACUGAGGAAAGAGCAAGCAUUUCGAGCUGAAUUACUGUCCCAAGUUGAAAUUGCUGAGAAAUUUGAUGCUAAGGCUUAUGUAGAAGGUAUUCUGCAUACGCUUAGGUAUCAUCCAAAACCAGAGACAGCUGACGAAAGGCGAGAAAGGUACAGACAACGGAUGAAAAAGAACAGGUAUCAGACAACAGUUAUAAUGCCCAGUUUUAGAGAUGCUUAGAGAUGGAUGUUAAAGACAUUUCCUAAAUAAAUUUCAAGUAAUUUAAAAUAUA